AAAGAUACUCCUCUAUAAUCUUUGGUCACCACCCUCUGGUCCCGACUCCGCCUCGGCCUCGGCAUCUGCUGCUGUCGCCCAGCUGAGGGAAGAUGCUGCGGCGCGGUUGCCCGACUCUGCGAGCGGCUGCCCGGCUCCAGCCCGCGGCCCCGGCCCCGGCCUACUCGAGCCUGGCCGUGGCGGGGUCGCCGUUGCUGCGCUCCCGGGCCUAUGUGGGCGGCCGCUGGGUGGAGGCGGAGGGCGCAGCGCGGUUCGCGGUGCAGGAACCGGCCAGCGGGCAGAUGCUCGCCCGGGUGGCCGACUGCGGCCCCGAGGAUGCCAGGGCGGCCGUGAGGGCGGCGCAUCAGGGCCUUCCCGCCUGGAGGGCGGCCACCGGCAAGGAGCGAAGCAAUCUAUUAAGAAAAUGGUACGACUUAAUGAUAAAAAACAAAGACGAGCUUGCAAAAUUAAUUACUGCAGAAAAUGGGAAACCACUCAAGGAAGCCUUGGGCGAAACACUAUAUGCUGCGUCGUUCUUGGAAUGGUUUUCAGAAGAAGCUCGUAGGGUUUAUGGUGACGUUGUUCCUACAUCUUCGCCAAACCGUAGGAUCCUGAUCCUGAAACAACCCAUCGGAGUAGCGUCUAUUAUAACUCCCUGGAAUUUUCCCAGUGCCAUGCUGACCAGAAAGGCUGGGGCUGCCUUAGCUGUAGGCUGCACGGUGGUGGUGAAACCUGCUGAAGAUACUCCCCUAUCUGCAUUGGCACUGGCAGAGCUUGCAGAUCAGGCUGGGAUUCCUGCAGGGGUUUUCAAUGUAAUUCCCUCCUCCAAGUCCAACACACCUGCUGUAGGAGAAGUGCUUUGUACCGAUCCUCUUGUUGCUGCCAUCUCUUUUACUGGGUCUACAACAACUGGAAAGAUCCUGCUCCGCCAUGCCUGUGACACUGUGAAGAAAGCUUCUAUGGAGCUGGGAGGGCUGGCUCCCUUCAUUGUUUUUGACAGUGCUGACUUGGAUCAAGCUGUAGUUGGUGCCAUGGCUUCCAAGUUCCGAAACUCUGGACAGACUUGUGUGUGUGCAAAUCGGUUCCUAGUGCAGGAGGGAAUCCACGAUGCUUUUGUGGAGAAGUUGGUGAAGGCAAUGCACAGUGAGUUGCGUGUUGGAAGCGGAUUUGAUGAACAGACCACACAGGGACCUCUAAUCAAUGAAAGAGCAGUGGAAAAGGUGGAGCAUCAGAUAAGUGAUGCAGUGUCUCGUGGUGCCUGCAUCGUGACAGGGGGAAAGAGACAUCAUCUUGGAGCGUCUUUCUUUGAACCAACUCUCCUUUCUAAAGUCACCACAGACAUGCUUUGCACACAGGAGGAAACAUUUGGACCAUUAGCACCUGUUCUCAAGUUUCGAACUGAGGAAGAAGCCAUUGCCAUCGCGAAUGCUGCUAAUGUUGGUCUGGCUGGUUAUUUUUACUCUGGGGACAUUGCUCAGAUUUGGAGAGUGGCUGAACAGCUGGAAGUUGGCAUAGUCGGUAUUAAUGAAGGGCUGUUGUCCACCCCUGAGGCACCAUUUGGUGGAGUUAAACAAUCUGGACUUGGGAGAGAAGGCUCCAAAUAUGGGGUUGAUGAUUUCUUGGAAAUCAAGUAUGUGUGUUUUGGUGGUUUAUAAAGUUAAGCAUUUGGAGAAAUGUGGACGCCGUGUCAAUCAGUUAAUUUACUGAAACCUUACUACAGAAAAUCCAUCCAUUGUCCAUAACACACUAGAUUUAUCAAACAUGGCACUUUAGAUUUUUAGAUCAUGUGGAUGAUUUGUGGGGAACACUUUUGCAUCUUAAAUGUUUGUAAUGUUUGAGUCGUUUAGUAACACUACUGUAAUUUAUAAUAAUUGGUUAAAUUAGCCAUUAACUAUUUGUAUUGUUUAAGACCCAGUUCUGACAUCUGUUCACUUUUACAAAAAAAUGUGCAAUGUGCUAUAAUGCUUCUUAUUUGUUCAUUGAAUUCAAAAUUCUUAGCUGCCAAAUAGCUAAAUGUUUUAAAAGAAUGGUCAUUGUUACUUUAUUUUUAAGUUGAAUUAACUGCAAAUUAACUUCCUUAUGAAAGCUCUAGUCACUGACCUUAUUAAAUUAUGGUUGUAUUUAAAACAUUGAAGGGAUUUUUGUCAUUUGGCUGUACUGUUUUAAUAUUUAAUGUAAAUAGCGUACUUUGUGCAAACAUAAAUCUGAUUUUAGAACAGUAACUUUCUAGGGACAUGAUGAACGCUGGAAUGCAGAUCUCACGGUCUAAAAAGGUGGCCUACUACUGGAUUAAACAGGAGAGUAAAGGAUAAAGAAACACCA